CUGUCCAUCUCUCAGAAAUCCAGCUCUGUCUCACUAUGGAGGCCACAACCUGUAAUGGCUCAGUGGACAGAACCCCCGUCUUCUACCUGGUGGGCAUCCCCUCUCUACCAGAGUUCUUCUUCCUCCCCAUGUUCUUUAUUUUCCUCCUAUUCUACCUUCUCAUUCUCACAGGUAAUGCCCUGAUUCUGGUGGCCGUGGUGGCAGAGCCAAGCCUUCACAAGCCCAUGUACUUCUUUCUGAUCAACCUCUCAGCCUUAGAUAUUCUUUUCACCACAACUACCGUCCCCAAGAUGCUGUCCCUAUUCCUGCUUGGGGACCACUUCCUCAGCUUUCCUUCCUGCUUACUGCAGAUGUACCUCUUUCAAAGCUUUACAUGCUCAGAAGCCUUCCUCCUGGUGGUCAUGGCCUAUGACCGCUACAUGGCCAUCUGCCACCCACUGCACUACCCCGUCCACAUGACCCCACAGACUAAUGCUGCACUGGCGGCCAGUGCCUGGCUCACUGCCCUCCUCCUGCCCGUCCCAGCGGUGGUGAAGACUUCCCAGAUGGCAUAUAACAACAUUGCCUACAUCUAUCAUUGCUUCUGUGACCACUUUUCUCUAGUCCAGGCCUCCUGCUCCGACACCACCCCCCAGACCCUCAUGGGCUUCUGCAUCGCCAUGGUGGUCUCCUUCCUCCCCCUUCUCCUGGUGCUUCUGUCCUACGCUCACAUCCUGGCCUCGGUGCUUCGCAUCAGCUCCCGAGAAGGACGUUCCAAGGCCUUCUCCACCUGCAGCUCCCACCUCCUGGUGGUGGGCACCUACUACUCGUCCAUUGCCGUGGCCUAUGUGGCCUACAGGGCUGACCUGCCCCUGGACUUCCACAUCAUGGGCAAUGUGGCCUAUGCUAUUCUCACACCAAUUCUUAACCCGCUCAUUUAUACCCUGAGAAAUAAGGAUGUCAAGGCUGCCAUCAUGAAAAUUGCAUAUCUCAAAAACCAGGCAGGGACAGGGACAUUUAACCUUUAAAUGCAGCCAAUUCUGCUCCCAGGAC